AUCUGAUCCAGCCUGGUCACUAAGGCUUACUAAAUUAAAAGGGUAGAGAGAGACAACGUUUUGUCAAAAAAAAAACUGCGACGUUUUGACCAAAAAACAUGAAGAAAGUCACGAUCGCACCCGUCCCUAUAAACCCAGCAGUCAAGGGGGGUGCUAGCCGAAUACCAGCUUCAGCAACUCCAAGUACAGCAGAUGCAUCAUUCACCGAGUAUAAAGUCAGGGUACCCAGGAACCUCGCAAAGAAAUACAGCAUGAUGCGUUUUCAAUCAGGGUCUAAGGUUGACUUUUCUUCAGUGUCUAAAGCAAACAUGAAUCGGAUGGUGUCAACAUCAGAAAGCAAAGAAGAGGAAGCCAUGCCCACUCAUGGGGCUGGUAGUGAGUAUGGCAGAGAGUGGAGGGAAGAGGCAAGAAAGAGAAGGAGAGGGUACAUGCCCAAGACAGCUGACCCUAAGUCUGCACCUUGGGCUCUUAAGAUUGGUGGCAAGGCGGGUAAAAGAUAUACAGGGAAAAAAGAGGCUGGAAUAAAUGACAAUUCCAAUUACUACAUCCUGACUCAGUGCCCUGAUGGGGCUUUUGAGGCAGUCCCUGUAGACUCCUGGUACAACUUUACUCCCAACAUCCACUACCACACCCUAAACGCAGAGGAGGCAGAGGAAGAGUUUAACCGAAGAGACAAGACUGUGAAUUUCUUUUCUCUGAUGGUCAAGAAAAGACUUCAGUCUGGUGAUGAUACAGAGGGUGUAGAAGACUCUAGUGACUCCAAGGCCAAGCUUACAAGUCUUGCAUCCAGCAUGAAAAUCCACGAUAAUGAUGACUUGGACUUAUCUGAUGAUGACGAUGACAACGACGAUGAUGACAAUGAAGAUGAUAACAGCGUUAAGAAGGAGAAAAAGACUGGACAACAAAAUAAGAAAAAAGGGAAAAGCGCAUCUAAAGCCAAGAAGAACUCUGAUGAUGAAAGUGAAGCAUCGUCUGAGGAUGGGUACAUAGAUUCCAAGGAAGUUGACUACAUGUCUGACACGUCAUCAUCAUCUGAAGAAGAAGUCAAUGUCGAGACGCCAAAGCCAGACGCUCAGGAUGACCUGAACGCUGAGACAAGCGAGAGCGAGAGUGAGGAAGACGCAGAACUAACCAACGCCGGUAGGGACAUCAAGAAGAUGCUUGAGAAGGACCAAGGAGAGGGGGGCUCAUCCGGGGACGAGGAUGAUGACCUGGACGCAGACGCCGACCAAGUUAAGGGGCCUUCAGCCCUUUUCCUUCAAGAUAAAAGGAUAGGCAAGAAAAAGCCGGGGAGUCGGUCGAGUACCGAAUCCAGUAGUCGAUCGUCCACACCAACGGCAGGUACUGAAGGCGGUACAUCCACCACUAUAGCAGCUGCUGCCAGGAAACUUGGCGAAGGAAGGCCAGGAACACCAACAGGUAAAGCGAAGAAAAGGCCUGCCUCUGAGCCCCCGAGCAAGAAGGGGUUCCAUGCUAUUAACGAGAGCCCCGCAGCCAAGAAACUCCGCGUAUCCCCGGGUCCGAGUUCCGGUACUAGUACGCCGACUCCAGGAGAAGACGGACAAGCUAUCACUGAAGAGUCUAUUCGCAGAUAUCUUGCGCGAAAACCCAUGACAACCAAAGACCUCUUGCAAAAGUUUAAAACUAAACGCACAGGACUCACCAAUGAGCAGACGGUACAGCUCAUUGCAACUAUUUUAAAACGGAUUCAACCGGAGCAAAAAACCAUUAAGGGGAAGAUGUAUCUAUCGCUCAAAUCGACGUAGCUGCUUGUGAAAGCGCGCGAAAAGGCGCAGGAAUAUGGUUGUGUUAUUCGCGGGCGGCGCGGGUAGUACAUGAGAGAAAUAAGUGCAAGAUUGCUCCCAAGAUUGGACACGACGCCAUGCCUUCGCGGUAGUGUUAGCGCUGAAAGAAGUCGUAUGACAAAAUCUCACGGUAUGACAGAGCAUGCAUCUAAACUUUUAUUGAUCGGAGACUUGACAGACGUCCCGAACGUACGUCGUUGAAAAAAAAAAAAGAAAACUGCGCGAUGAAAACAUGUUUCGACAUCGAAAUAUUUUGCAUGAGAUUUAGUUUGUGAUUUUGACGGCAAUAAAUGGUUGAUUAUUUUAUUAAUAUUCUAUACCAUCAUGUCAUAUGCUCAUUGGAGCAUAAUUAUCACGCAGUUUUAUCUUCUACACUAUAUGUAAACAUCAUCUUUGAAAAAAUCCCAAAUAAAAAUUGCGAAUGGACU